AUGCAAUACCUCCAGACAGCACUCAUCGUCGUCGCCGCGGCGGGCCCAUCUCUUGCAGAUACGGACUGGUCCGUCGUCAAAGGCACAGGCGCACCACACGGCAUCAGCACCGCCGACUGGAACUCGGCGAUGGACCAUCCCAACCUAACGGCCUCGUACCGCUUCGACGGCCCAGAUAUAUCCGCCGCCUUCCCGCCGUCCAACGAUUCGGCCUGGACGGCCGCACCCUUUGACCUGAGCGUCAACGUCGCCGCGCAGAUCCACACGACGCGCAACGACAAGCGUCGCUUGCAACAGCUGUCAUACCGGCUUCGAAGCAGAGACGAAGACGACGACGACGACGACGACGAUGAUGAUGACAAGAACAACAAGAACAGGAAUCGUGACUACUUUACGGGUUCCUCCAUCAACCUCAAAAAGUUUGACGGGCCCCAGACCGUCGAUGCGGGCUGGAAACUCUGCGUCAAUAUCUUCCUGCCGAGACUCAGUCGGGUCGCGACAAGCGGUUCCCAAGAUGACAGCGGCGACUGCGGUGCUUUCCUAUCCGCCGAGUGCCGCCAGGCGCUCUUGGACACAUCUUCUACUCAGUUUGCGUCUUGCGGGGUGGCAGACUUGCCCAGUGCAUGCAAGGACGUUAUCGAGAAUGACAAGGACGAGGUGUUUGGCUUUUCAACCGAUAUUGGCUCCGGAUCCCAGAUCUUCGCCUACGGGUCCCAAACAUACAACUGGGGCAGAAAAGACAACGAUAAUGACGACUGGCGAGGCGGUGGCGAGUAUGCCGUCGCUCAUCGGAUGAUUUGGCCCGUGAUGCUGACCUGGGGCGGUUCUGGCGAUGCGGCGGAGAGCCGGGCUAGUCUUCACUGCGUCCGCGCUAAAGAUGUCGUUUCGGGGAGCGCUGUGCCUCAAAAUCUCAGCGAAGAAGAAGAAGAAGAUGAUGACGAUGACGACAAUGAUGACGAUGAUAACGAUGAUGAUGAUGAUAACCGGAACCACAACGCGGCAGGGCUCAAGAUGCCUUUUGCCGGAUGGGCUCUGGCCUUGGCUGCGCAUGUCGCCCUUGCCAUGCUACUUUGCUGCUAG